GGUGGCUUCCCUGCUUGCUCAUAGAUCAAACGACAUCAUGCUGAGAUCCAAGUCUUUUGUCAGACGCACACGCAAAGGCAAUGUCAUCAAAGUUGUCAAAGAGCAUUACCUUCGUGACGAUAUCACCUGUUCCUCGAAAUUAUGCACGACAUGCGAGCAAGCCCAAGCGGUCUUGUCGGACGUACCGCGACAUACGACCGAAAUCAAACCUCACUAUUUGCUCCCGGAUACCAAUGUAUUUAUGAAUCAACUCGACAUUAUGGAACAUUCGGCCAUCAAGGAUGUUAUUGUUUUGCAAACCGUCCGCGAAGAACUGCGUCACCUGAGCCUUCCCGUCUACAAUCGAAUCAAUGCCUUGUUGAGUGAUAAGAACAAACGAUUUUAUUUGUUCGCCAACGAACAUCACCGUGAUACAUAUAUCGAAAAACUGAAAGACGAAUCUCCCAAUGAUCGUAACGAUCGCGCUAUUCGUGUCAGUGCCAAAUGGUAUGCAGAUCAUUUGAAAGGUCAACCUAUCGAGAUUGUCCUGCUCAGUGACGAUCGCGCCAAUCGAGAGAAAGCCAUGGCAACCGGCAUUGUUGCCUUUUCCACUCGUGAUUAUGUAAAGAGUAUGACAGACAUUCCCGAAUUGUUGGACAUGUUGGCGGCUCCCAAAGCCAAAGAGGAUGAGGAAAGCCGAAUUGUCUAUGAAGAACAUUUGUCCCCCGCUCAAAUUCAAAACGGUCUCAAGAAGGAUACACUCUUUGUGAGUACGCUCAAUGUGAGCUCACAUAAUGUUUUGGAGGCUACUGUGGUCGGCAAUGUAGAAGGCCAAGAAAAGACGGUGUAUAUUAUGGGACGAAAACAUCUCAAUCGAUGUAUCCAAGGUGAUGUGGUUGCCGUUCAGUUACUUCCUAAAAGCGAAUGGAAGCGAAGUGUGUCUAUUGCAGUGGAGGACGAAGAGGAUGAAGAAAAGUUCCAUGGAGAAGAGGAAAUGGAAGCUUUGACGAAAAAUGCGACCAACGACAGUGACAGUCCAGCUGAACCUACAGGCAAGGUCGUGGGUAUCCUGAAAAAGAAAUGGCGCCCUUACUGCGGUUUUAUCGUCAAAAAGUCGGUUCACUCCAAACCCGGAUCCAAUGCGGUUGAAAAUGUUUUGUUUCGACCUAUCGAUCGAAGAGUUCCUGCUAUUAAGAUUCGCACAACACAAGCACAACUUUUACUGGGCAAACGUAUUGUCGUCGCCGUCGAUAGCUGGCCCACCAACUCUGUGUUACCCUUGGGUCAUUUCGUGAAAACGUUGGGAGCAUCGGGUGACAGGGAAACCGAAACGGAAGUCUUGUUAUUGGAGCACGAUGUACCUUAUCAAGAAUUCUCAAAGAGCGUACUAAAUGACCUUCCAGUGGAAGGCGACGAAUGGGUGGUCACCGAGAAGCAUGUAAAACAUGAAAAUAGACGUGAUUUAAGACAUCUCAAUAUUUGCAGUAUCGAUCCUCCAGGAUGUACGGAUAUUGAUGAUGCGCUACACAUGCGACCGCUCGAGAAUGGAAAUUAUGAAGUCGGUGUUCAUAUUGCCGAUGUGACAUAUUUUGUCAAGCCUGGACAAGCCAUGGACGCAGAAGCUGCAUCCAGAGGCACUACAGUGUACCUGGUCGAUAAAAGGAUUGACAUGUUGCCAGCUUUACUUGGAACAAACCUUUGUUCCCUUCGAUCGAAUGUGGACCGUCUUGCGUUUUCAUGUAUCUGGGAAUUGAACAAGGAUGCGGAAAUUGUAAAUGUCGAUUUCACCAAGAGUAUCAUUCGCUCCAAACACUCCUUUACUUAUGAGGAAGCACAAGCCCGUAUCGACGAUGUACACAUGCAGGACGAUGUGACAAAGGGCAUCCGUGUGUUGAACGAGAUUGCCAAAAAAUUGCGAAAGAAGCGUAUCGAGCGUGGUGCGCUUACAUUGUCCAGUCCUGAAGUCCGGUUCAACCUUGAAAACGAUUCACAGGAUCCCGUCGAUGUGGAGAUGAAAGAACUCAAAGAAACCAAUGCACUCGUGGAGGAAUUCAUGUUACUCGCCAACAUUUCCGUGGCCGAAAAAAUCUACUCAAAAUUCCCCAGUUCGGCUCUUUUACGUAAACACGGUGCGCCCCCAGUGAAUAACUUUGAUACGCUUCGUAAAGCAUUGGCAGAGAAGAAUAUUACUCUAGAAGUCGAUACAUCCAAAGCCUUGGCCGAUUCAUUAGAUAAAGCAGAGAUACCAGGCGAUCCCUAUUUUAACAAACUUGUUCGCAUUUUGUGUACCCGUUGCAUGAUGCAAGCGCAAUAUUUCUGCUCUGGUAGAGCCAACGAGGCCGAAUUCCAGCAUUAUGGUUUGGCAACGCCUAUUUACACCCAUUUCACAUCGCCUAUUCGUCGUUACUCGGAUGUCAUUGUUCAUCGUCUUUUGCAAGCUUCCAUUGACCCCGAUGCUGAAUAUGGUUCAGAAUUGUUUGAUACAAAUGCCAUGAAAGAUCUAUGCGAUGUUUUGAACCAUCGUCAUCGCAUGGCACAACAGGCAGGUCGCAGCUCCGUUGAAUUAUACACGAACAUGUUCUUCAGAAACAAGGUGCAAGUCGAAGAAGGUCGCAUCAUCCGAAUUCUCAAGAAUGGUUUUGUUGUACUAGCGCCCAAAUACGGUAUUGAAGGCGUUGUAUACACAAGUGAAAGACCGGAUGGUCCAUCUCCGUUUACAUUCAAUGAGGCACAAAACUCAUUGGAGGCUGGAGACACGGUUAUCAAGAUGUUUGAUACUGUCAAGAUUGAAAUCAGUGUGGAAGGCGAUGUUGAGGGCAUGCGACAAAAGAUGAAAAUGCAGCUUGUGCAACCUUUUGUAGAAGGCGUCAGUGUACUAGCAAGUACUUCCAUCAAGCGAACCAACAACGAAACCGUGACAGCAAACAAAAAAUCCAAAACCGCAUAAGACAAACAUUGGCAUUGCACGCAAGCAAAACAUGUAACAAUAUGAUAGAUUCUCAUGUCAUUAUUCUGUCUCUAAACAUCUUUUUGUUCUUGCAUGAAAAUACAUCAUCUGAAAUUAGACACAAGAUAGAAAAUUUGACAGAAUCCCGUUCUUUUUGGUUUUAUCGAUAAUAGACUGAUGAUGAAAUUGGCAAGCCAAUGUCAUUCAAAUUAUUUUUCUAUACAGUAAAAGAAAAUAAAGCUUGUUGUGGUUCUCCCCUUUUCCCUUUU